AUGUCAUCGAGAAAGAAGGUCCUUCUCAAGGUCAUUAUCCUCGGCGAUAGCGGUGUCGGAAAGACGAGUCUGAUGAACCAAUAUGUCAACAAGAAGUUCAGUGCAAGCUACAAGGCCACCAUCGGCGCCGACUUCCUGACGCGCGAGGUUCUCGUCGACGACCGACAGGUGACGAUGCAGCUUUGGGAUACGGCAGGACAGGAGCGCUUCCAGUCUCUGGGCGUCGCUUUCUACCGUGGUGCCGACUGCUGCGUGCUCGUAUACGAUGUCAACAACUCCAAGAGUUUCGAUGCUCUGGACAGCUGGAGGGACGAGUUCUUGAUCCAGGCUUCGCCAAGGGACCCGGACAACUUCCCCUUCGUCGUUCUUGGAAACAAGAUUGAUGUUGAGGAGAGCAAGAGAGUUAUUUCAACCAAGCGCGCCAUGACCUUUUGCCAGUCCAAGGGCGGUAUUCCCUACUUCGAGACCAGUGCAAAGGAGGCCAUCAACGUUGAACAGGCAUUCGAAGUUAUCGCGCGGAACGCUCUGGCCCAGGAAGAGUCCGAGGAGUUCAGUGGUGAUUACCAGGACGUCAUCAACAUCCCCAUCGAAAACCCCCGAGACGGAUGUUCUUGCUAA